AUGGGGGAGCGGGACUCUCAUGGAAUCCAAGGUGCGGGUUUAUGCAGGACUUACCAGCGGGUCCACAUCACGAGCGCAACUUUAGGCAUUACUCUUGUUACACUUACUGUAUUCAGUUUGGUGGGUCAGACGUCUUCCCAUCCACAGUGCUUAGACUUUCGGCCACCAUUCAGACCUACGACCCACCUGGAGUUUUGCAACAACUACGACCAGUUCGGAUGCUGUGAUCAAGAUGCUGACAGUACCAUUGCGGAGAGAUAUUGGGAUCUAAUGGACUUAGUUCAUCUUGAAGAAUACGAGCGUUGUGGUGAUUUAGUGAAAGACAUUAUGUGCCAGGAAUGCUCCCCUUACGCUGCCCAUCUGUUUGAUGCAGAGAAUCCUUAUACUCCUGUGCGGGAAAUUCCAGGCCUUUGUUUUACCUAUUGCCAUGAGUUCCACACCAAGUGUGGUUCCAUCAUUAAGUACCUGACGGACAGCAGAGUUCUUCAGGAGGCAUCUGACAAGGGCAGCACAACCUUCUGCAGUCUUGCUGACCUACCUGACAGGGAUUACUGCUACCCCAAUGUACUCCAAAACAACUACCUCGCCAACAACCUCGGUAAAGUGGUAGAGGACCCCAUGGGCUGUCUACAGCUCUGCCUGACAGAGGUGGCCAAUGGACUGCGAAACCCGGUGCUGAUGCUCCACAGUGGGGACGGUACCCACCGCAUGUUCGUGGCGGAGCAGGUGGGCUUCGUGUGGGUGUACUUGCGAGAUGGCAGCCGCGUGGAGCAGCCCUUUCUGGACCUGAGCGGCGAGGUACUGACCACACCUUGGCUGGGGGAUGAGCGAGGCUUCCUGGGCCUGGCCUUCCACCCGCGUUACCAAGACAACGGCCUCUUCUUCAUCUACUACUCCAUCCUGGAGCAGGGCCGUCUGGAAAAGGUCCGCAUCAGUGAGAUGAGGGUGUCCGCCCACGACAUGAACAGAGCCGACCUCAACUCAGAGAGAGUUAUUCUUGAGAUAGAGGAGCCAGCUGCAAACCACAAUGGCGGACAGCUGCUGUUCGGCCUUGAUGGAUACCUGUACAUAUUCACGGGAGAUGGUGGAAAAGCAGGGGAUCCUUUUGGAAAAUUUGGAAAUGCUCAAAAUAAGAGUGCUCUGCUGGGGAAAGUCUUGCGUAUAGACGUAGACAGCAGCAGCUCUGCCGGAACUCCCUACAGGAUCCCACCUGACAACCCUUUCAUCGGACAGCAGGACGCCCGACCGGAGGUGUAUGCCUACGGCGUCAGAAACAUGUGGCGCUGCUCAGUGGACCGAGGCGACCCCAUCACCGGCUACGGCAGAGGCAGAAUCAUCUGCGGCGACGUGGGCCAGAACCGCUAUGAAGAGGUGGACAUCAUCGUGAAAGGAGGCAACUAUGGCUGGAGAGCCAAAGAGGGCUUUGAGUGCUUCGAUAUCAAGCUGUGUCAGAACUCCUCCAUGAAUGAUAUUCUUCCCAUAUUUGCUUAUGGGCAUCACGUUGGAAAGUCCAUAACAGGCGGUUAUGUGUACAGAGGAUGUGAGUCGCCCAAUAUCAAUGGCGUGUAUAUCUUUGGAGACUUCAUGAGUGGUCGAUUGAUGGCCUUACAAGAGGAUAAGGCAAGUGGGACUUGGAAAGAGAAGAGCAUAUGCAUGGGAGACACACCAACCUGCUCAUUCCCAGGACUCAUCAACCACCAUCAUAAGUUCAUCAUCUCUUUUGCAGAAGAUGAAUCAGGUGAACUGUAUUUCCUGGCUACCUCAUAUCCAAGUUCCGUGUCUCCUUAUGGAACAAUAUAUAAGUUUAUGGAUCCCUCCAGGAGAGCACCUCCAGGAAAAUGUAAAUACAAACCACUUCCUGUAAAAGUCAAAGGCAAAAAAGUACCUUUUGUUCCAAGAGAAUCAAUGUAUCUCUCCUUUAACCCCGGAAAGAUCAUGUGA